UUCAGUUAAUGUCGAGUUGUUAAAGCGUUCAGUUGUGUUGCACGAACAUAAGCGGCGCGCCAAAACGUUAACAAAAAAAUACUCAAGUUGUUAUAGCAACGGACAAUAACAAUUGAUACAUAAAUAAAACCAUAUGUACAUGUGUUUGUAUGCACAUACCUGUGUAGUUGAAAGUACAUUAAAAAAAAACAAACAAAGAAGACAAUUUCUUUUAAAUAUUUAGCUGAAUUUAAUGCAUAUUGUUGAUACCGGACGUAUAAUUCCGAUUUAAAACUUCCCAUUGAACGAACAGUCGGAUACAACACAAUUGUGUCGAAAAUAGAAUUUCAAAACUGAUAUUGACGAUUUGAAUGAAAAAGCGAAAAAAAAAACAUCUGAGUAUUUAAAGUACAAUAGUCAGCGAGAAGAUGGCCCAGGCUAUAGCAAACGCUCUAAACAAUGACUCUGAAAUGAAGUCAAUGGACGCCAAUAGAUAUGCCACAAAGAAAACAAUUGCCCAGGGCAUGCUGGACAUUGCGUUGCUGACGGCCAACGCUUCCCAGCUGAAAUACAUUUUACAAGUGGGAGAACAACAUCAAUUCUACAAACUGAUGCUCGUCCUGAUUAGCCUCUCGAUCAUUCUGCAGAUCCUGUCCGGUGUUCUAAGUUUGUCCCUGAGUCUAAUGCGCGAUUGUCGCAUGCAUAUGCCGGAGUUCCAUCAGUCGGCGAACUUCAUCAAUCACAUACGCACUGGCUUUGCGUUUAUUGUGACCAUGAUAAAUCUGUUCAUUUCGGCAUUCGAUUCGCGCUUACCACCCUCCCAAGGCGACUAUCUCAGUGGACUCAAUUAAAAUUGUUGUUUAGUGCUGCAUACAUACAAUGUACAUAUGGAUAUCUGCUGGUUGGUAUAUUGUUUGUCAUCAUCGGAAGUCUGAAUAUAAAUCGGAAAACGGAUCAAACCGCCGCAGUUAUAUUGAACGACAUAAUAAUGGUUGUUAUCUUUGUUAUAUCCGUAAUAAAUGUAGUGAUAUCCGGU